AUGGAGGAGUACGAAGCUUGUAUCUUUGGUAUUGAAGAUGCAAUUGAUUUUAGGAUCAAAAUUCUUGAAGUCUAUGGAGAUUCAGCCUUGGUUGUUAGCCAAGUCAAAAGAGAUUGGGACACUAGAGAUCACAAGCUCAUCCCUUACAAGGAUCAUGUCUUGAAACUGAUCCCUUACUUUGACGAAAUCAUAUUCCAUCACAUUCCUCAAGAAGAUAAUCGACUAGCUGACGCCUUUAAAACUUUGGCAUCCAUGUUUAAGGUCAAGUGGAAGAAUGAAGCUCCAUCCUUUCACCUCAUCUAUUUGGACGAGUCUGCUUACUAUUUUGCAGCUGAAGACGAAGCCGACGAUUAUCCUUGGUUCUAUGACAUAAUGAGAUUCUUAGAAUGCCAAGAAUACCGUAAGGAUGCAUCUAUCACUGACAGUAAGUAUCUUCGAAAUUUUUCAUCCAAAUUCUUCUUAAGUGGAGGGGUACUAUACAAGCGAAAUUAUGAUUUGGUUUUUCUAAGAUGUGUGUUCAAGCAAGAAGUAAACCAAAUCAUAAUGGAAAUCCAUGAGGGAUCUUUUGGAACGCAUGCUAGUGGACACACCAAGGUGAAAAAGAUCUUAAGGGCCGCUUGUUAUUGGAUGACUACGGAGGUUGACUAUCAUUGCCAUGUCCAAACAUGCCACAAAUGCCAGAUAGACACCGACAAGAUCCAUGUGCCACCAAUGCCACUAAAUGUCUUGACAUCACCUUGUCCUUUUUAA